AGCAGAAGACAGUUCAAAAACAUAAGGUAUCUGCUAGGAUAAAUUCGUGUUCAUGGACAAACGAUGGGCAAUAUUUAGCCUUAGGUAUGGGUGCAGGAAUUGUAUCAAUUAGAAAUAAGGCUGGAGAAGAAAAAUGUCACAUAGAAAGACCUGAUGGUGCACCCAUUUGGGCUUUGUCAUGGAAUCCAAACAAAGAAGAUCCUUCAGAUACUUUGUGUGUUACUGACUGGAAUAAAACUCUCACCUUUUAUACUUUGGGGGGAAAGAUAAUUGGAAAAGAAAGAAACAUUGGGUUUGAUGCACUCAAAGUUAAUUACUUUUCAUCAGGACAAUAUAUACUUAUAUGUGGUACUAAUAAGUGUUGCAAUUUAUAUACAAAAGAUGGGAUUAAGCUUGGAAUGAUAGGAGACCAACAAAAUUCUUGGGUUUGGUGUAAUGCCUCACAUCCAUCAGGAGAUUAUAUUGUAAUGGGUUGUCAAGAUGGUACUCUGAUUUACUACCAGCUUGUGUUUAAUACUGUUCAUGGGCUAUUUAAAGAACGAUAUGCAUUUAGAGAAAGUAUGACCGAUGUAAUAAUACAACACUUGUUAACAGAGAAAAAGGUCAAAAUAAAAUGUAGAGAUCUCAUUAAGAAAAUCGCGAUAUAUAAAAAUAGAUUAGCGGUUCAGUUAUCAGAGCGAGUUGUUAUUUACGAAUUAUUUUCGGCGGAUGUCAACGGUUUACAUUAUCGAGUAAAAGAGAAAAUUACGCAAAAGUUGGACUGUAGUUUACUUGUAAUUUGUUCUGAACACUUAGUAGUGUGCAAGGAUAAGAAAUUGCAAAGUAUGUCCUUAACAGGAGUUAAGGAUAAAGAGUGGGAAUUCGAUAGUACAAUUCGUUACAUUAAAGUUGUAGGUGGGCCCCCUUCAAAAGAGGGACUCAUCGCGGGACUUAAAAAUGGACAAAUUUGGAAAAUUUAUUUGGACAAUUCUUUUCCUUUGUUAAUUUUAAGUGUGCACGCUGCGGUAAGAUGUUUAGAUAUGACUGAAAGUAAGGACAAGAUAUCUGUUGUAGACGAGACUGGACUUU